AUGGGAGAGGAGACAGGCGGCGCCGCGCCGUCAUGGAGCUCGUCGGCGGCCAGGGUGCCGGUCCAGACGGUGUUCCAUCCGACGGUGGAGUUGCCGGUUCUUCGCACUGAAUGGCAUGGGGGCCCGACUUACGGGUAUGAUUCAGUGAAAUUCAGUGUGGAGGUGCAUCAUGGUGGGUUUUUUGCGGGAAAAGGAGUGAAUCUGACAUAUUUGGAUGAGAAGAUAACAUGGUUUGAUAACCUGGACAGGAAUACACUAUAUGUGGUGGAAAUUAACUUGGAAAAUGACUGUUUCAAGAUGGCCAGAGCAUCUGUUUACUCCAAGGUACUGGUUCUGUUUGUUAAACAUAUCAGAGAACAGAAUCAAGAGGAGGAAGAUGACAUUGCAAUUAAAGGUUCCCCUGCACUACCUAUAGUUAUAAUGAGCCCUUUUAGCAUAGAGAAGAUUAGGAAUAUGAAAUCAGGGACAGUGCCGGGUAGUUCAGACAAUGCAGCUAUUGUAGAGCAACAAGCAGAUGCAGCUGGUUCAGAGGACCAAGAAAAAUCAGAUGUGUUAGAGAAUUCAGAAGUUUCAGAAGAAGAUGAUUAUGGAAUGGAGGCGGAGGAUGAUAAGGAUUAUGAUAAGAAUGUAGAUGAUGUUUUGCAUGAUGCUAUGGUUGAGAAGGGCAAAAACAUAGGAGCUGAAUAUAGGCAUGUUCCUGGGUCAGAUGAUGUUCAUGAGGAUGAUCUGCAACUGCCAGAAGAGGAUGACUGCGAGAAAAGACAUAAAAGUGACUCUGAUGAUGAGGAGUACAAGGCUAAGAAAAAGAAGGAGAAACCUAUAUAUAGAAAAGUUAGGAAGAAAUUCAACAUGGAAGUUAGCAGGCACAAGCUAGGGAGAGCUAGGAAAGCAGCAUUGGAAGUUGUGCGUGGGGAUGAGGUGAAGCAGUACUCAUUGCUUUGGAGAUAUGCAGAGGAAAUAUAUCCAACUAGAGAUAAAGAUGAGUGGGCUGCUGUAUCUGCAACACCUAUUUUGCCACCACUAUAUGAGAGAAGAGCUGGAAGGAGAAGGAAGAACAGAAGGCAGCAACCUGAGGAGAGUGAAGAUGGCACCAAGCUAAGAAGGCAUGGUGCUAUUAUGCACUGUGGUUACUGCAAAGAAGCUGGUCAUAACAGAAGUGGCUUCUCAAAGUUGAAAGCUGCUGUAAUAAGAGAAGUGGGUGGGGAUGAUGAGGAACAUGUUGCAACUGACCAAACUGAGCAAGCUGAGCAAGUUCCAGAGCAAACUGAGCAUGUUCCAAAGCAGCAUGAGCAAGUUCCAGAGCAAACUGAGCAUGUUGCAGAGCAGCCUGAGCAAGUUCCAGAGCAAACUGAGCAUGUUGCAGAGCCAAAUGAGCAAGUUAGAGCAAAAAGUUCUAGAGGAAGGAAGAGAAAGCCCACUGACAAAAUGAAUGAACUAGUACAGCAGCUGAUGGAAAAGGCAAAGAAAAAGAAGUCCAAAAUGGUUAUUGAUGAGAAUGGAGAUGUUGACUUUCCAGUAAUAUUAACUAUGAACCAGCACACACAACACAAGGAGCAAGAGGAGCAAGAGGGGCAAGAGGAAGAAGAGGAGCAAGAGGAGCAAGAGGCGGUCCAGUGGCAGCAGGAAGAGGACCAGCACAUGAACAUGGACCAGACCAACCAAGAAGAAGAGGAAGAACAAAUUCUAGAAGAACAAGAGGGAAAAGGAAAAGAAAAACUAGGGGAAUGGAGUGGCUCUUACUUGGGGAAGGAACAAGUAGAACUGGACAUGUGUAAGAGGAAGCACAAGAUGAGUUCUAGGUCACCCAGAAGAUUGAGAUGCCUUAUGUUCUCAUGA